GUCAGUGGUGCUGUAAAGGAGAGUGGUCAUCAGACGGUCGCGGACGGCUCAGCCGGUCUGAAUGAACGACAGGAUAACGACGAUACAGCGGUGGUUUGAGUGUAACUCGUGGUCAUCUUCGUGAAUUGACGUCGUGAUUCGACGUGAGUUGACAGUAGCGUAGCAAGUACACGGUGUUGGUUCGGGUGCUGUCUGAGGACAUCGUCUUGAAUGGCGGUGGAAACCUGUGGACCAGCAGCGAAGAAGUGUGCUGACUGCUGAAAUUGUUGAAUAGUGUGAAAGCGAACGGUGAGCGAACUCAUUACAGAUAAGUGCAACAUAGCCAUUCGAUUGGGAAGUGUAGAACAGACUGAGAUCAUAGUGUCGUUGAAGUGCUAUAGUUGGAGAGCGUCCAUGGGGUAAAGAGACUUCAUCGUCACAUCUACAUCUACAUCUACAUCUACAUCUACACCUACCACAUCACCAUGGUGCUGCUGAACGCGCAGACGUCUGAGCGGCGCGGCGCGGUGAGGCUGCCCUCCAGCCGUCCUGACCAUCGACCUGCCGUCCGCCUGCGUCACGUUCAGUCGGACCCAGAGCCUGAGGGCGAUGGGGGACCACGGCUUCUGCCGCCGCCAGAGGCAGCGGCCUGUCAGUGUCGGUACUGGACCAUCGACCGGUCGGUCAGCAAGCAGGGAUCCACGGGGAAGGGCGGCACCUACCAGCACAUCCGCCGCUCCUGUCGGGAGCGAGGGCUUCUGUUCGAGGACCCCGACUUCCCGGCGGGCAGCCAGGCACUGGGCAGGGCCCGCGCCCCCAGCGGAGUCGUAUGGCUCCGACCGCACGAGAUCGUGGACCGUCCUCGGUUCAUCUCGGACAGCAGCGGCCGGUUCGAUGUGGAGCGGGGGGAGCUGGGUGACAUCUGGCUCCUGCAGGCAGUCUCCACGCUGACCCUGACGCCCCGGUUCCUGGACAGGGUGGUGCCGCCCGAUCAGUCGUUUGAGCAGGACUACUGCGGACUGUUCAGGUUCCGUUUUUGGCACUUUGGCGAGUGGGUCGAGGUGCUGGUAGACGACCGGCUGCCCACCCUCCGAGGUCGUCUGCUGUACGCGCACUCCUCGGACCCAUCAGAGUUCUGGUCGGCACUCCUCGAGAAGGCCUAUGCCAAACUGUACGGCUCGUACGAGUGUCUGCACCAAAAUUCGACCACCCUGGCGCUGCAGGACCUUACGGGCGGCAUCGUGCAGAGUUUUAGUCUGCAGCAGCAAGAGACGUUCGUCAUUUACCAGGUGCUCAACAGCGCCGUGCCGCGCUCCAGCCUCAUCGUGGCCAGCAUACACAUGGAGCGUGACACGAAGAGAAAUCUGCGCCUGAGGAACGGACUGGUGACCCAGCACGCCUACAGCGUCACCGGACUGGCGCGGGUCAGAAGCAAACUGGGCGAGACGCCUCUGGUCAGACUGAGGAACCCGUGGGGCCGGGGAGAGUGGAAUGGCCCCUGGAGUGAGAGGAGCUGGGAGUGGGACAGUCUCAGUGACCGGGACAAGGACCUGCUCAGCGUCAGAGUCGCCAACGACGGAGAAUUUUGGAUGUCAUUCGAUGACUUCGCGCGGGUGUUCAGUCAUCUGGACCUGGUCCAUAUCGGCCCAGAUGACUGGAUGAGCGAGUCGUGCUUACACAGUAAGAAGCCGUGGAGGGCAGUUCUGGCCAGACGACGGUGGAGAACAGGCUACAACGCCGGCGGCGGACCCGGCUGUGAGACGGCCGGCCAGAACCCGCAGUUUCACAUCCAGAUCCCUCGCAGCUCGGCCAGCAAGUGUCACGUGGUGGUGUCACUGACUCAGGAGUACGACACGCUGCCCUCUGAUGACGUCAAGAAGCGGCGCCGGCCGCUGGCGCCCAUAGGCUUCUCCGUGUACGGAGUGCCCUCGUCGGUCCACCGGCUGACCAAGGAGGUCAUAGCCAACACGAAGCCGCUGGACGUCACCGCGUACACGUGUACCCGUGAGACGGCCACCUUCUUCACACUACCUCCGGGGGACUAUAUCGUGGUCCCUCAGACAGCCACGCCCAACCGGGACGCCAAGUUUCUGUUCCGGGUGCUCACAGACGAACAGAGCAACAUUUGGGAGGUGAAUGAAGACAACAUGGUGUUCCGACCAGUGUCGUCCGACUCGCUGGAAGACAGCAUCCGAUACCCGGACUCUCGUCUGAUCCUGGCCAAGCUGGUGGCCAAGUACCCCCCGGACGUCGACUCCGCCAUCCUGCUCAAGAUCCUCAAGGCCCACUGGAAGGGCGGCAAGCAAGUGUUUCACUCGGACAAACCCAGUCUGGAGCUGUGCAAGUCUCUGAUCAUGCUGCGCGACUACAGCAUCUCGGGCAGGAUCAGUCUGUUCGAAAUUCCCGCCAUCCUGCUCACGCUACACUCGUGGCGGUUGGCGUUUCUGAAGUACGAUCGCGGCCACACCAACAAGACGUCCAGCUACAACACGAGGCCGAUCCUGUACGAGGCCGGCGUCACCGUCUCCAACAAGGUCCUGGAGUGUCUGAUCCUGCGUUUCACCAAGAGCUGCGUACUGACGGUUGAGAGCUUCCUCAUCGCCAUGGUGCGGCUUCAUCUGGCGCACGAGCGCUACCACAGUAUCGACACCAAGAUGAAGACCAACCCCAUCUCCCUGGAGGAGAUGAUCCUGAUGACCAUCUACUCAUGAUGACGUCAUCUUUAGCCUGCCGACCGUCUCGUGGAGCCCUUGGUCUGGGACCUUCGUGAACACGCAGUCAACGCGUGCCUCUCAAACCUGGGGACAGUGCGAAUCAUCCAGAAACUCUCGGACUCGCCAAUGGUUGUGUGUGCAUUUUUGCGGCUCAGAGCUGGGUUCGGGACAGGCUGCGAUCUUGCGAGCAGCCCACGCCCGAGAGAGGCUGAUAAAGUGGACGAUGUCGUGUGCACAAUGAUGUGCUUUCAGUGUGUCCUGGCCCAAAAACAGGAACCCCUCGAUGUCUGCCUUGGUGGCUUUCAAGCAAUGACUAAGAAGCAGAAAUACGUUCUGUGCUAGCGCCGGCGGUGCAACUGGAAAACAGAGCCGCAGACUUUUGUUCACUGCUCGCUAAUAGCAUCAACUGAGUGGCCAGUCUCAGAGCAUGUGAACUCGGCUUUGGACCGACGUGAUGCGCAUAGUUGAACAAGAAACCAUGAGCCAAAGCUCGAAAUGUCAUUCUGACAUUUUACCUCUCCAGUCAGUGCUUUAGCAGAAGUUUUUUAUGUCUAUGUCGAAUGUGUUUAUUGACAUUGCUCUCAUUUGGUAUGUGUACGAAAUGAAUGCAGAAUGAAUAGGUGAUGUGUAUGUGCUUUGAUAGUACCGUAAAGUGGGGCUAUUUGAGACAGUGGGGCUAUUUGAGACAGUAUUUGAAAUCGCUAUAAAAUGAAGAUCGUUUGAUUUUUGUGUGAUAUUUUUGCUCAGGGAGGUGGGGAAUCGAGCAGUAAAUCGCCUGAACAAAAAAUAAAGCAUAAAUUUUAAGUGGUUUUUAUUUUAUAGAAAUUUUAAAUACUGUCUCAAAUAGCCCCACUGUCUCAAAUAGCCCCACCUUACGGUAUCUGGUAAUUUUUGGUUGUCCAUUUUCUGUGUUGAUAUGUACAGCCAUGUACAAAGUCUGCUGGAAGUUGAACGAUUCUACAGGAUCUGUGUUUUAUAUUAGCAGGUUGACUGGUCUUUUCCAUGUGGCGAAAGUUUUGAAUAGGCAGCUUUCUUCCUUCCGUUUUUCCAUGAAUCGUGUGUUUUUGCCCUUUCAUAUUUUUUUUUGUUAUUUUUCAUGGCCCAAAACAUGUAUUACUCUUUUCUUGAGACCGCUAAUUUCAUGAUUUGAACUGUGAAUAGUACAGUAUUGGAUUUGUGAUGAUACUGGACGUCCUCCAUUCUUGUCCAAUAUUCGUGCGUCGUGCGCAUGUGUGUGCUUUUAAAUAUGCAUUUGAAUUAUUUUCCAAAAAAUUUGUGCCACUCAUUUCUGCCCUGCUAUACAACAAGUAUCUUUUUAUAAGUGACAACGUUAGGGCCAAAGUACUCGAAUACCCCUAUCUUGUUUCUGAUAGAAUAUCCUUUUUUUGUCACCCUCAGAUAACAAAAUGCGUACGCGUGUUCAUCAGGAAAUGACAAUGUUUUGCGAUAGCGUACUAAUUUAUAUCUUGAAUACAUGCAAUUAUUUAGAA